AUGAAUGUGGAGUCAGAAGAUGUAGAGUCAAAAGAGUGCUUGGAUGUUGUCAACACAAAAACCAGUGAGGAAGCUCAUGGAAUCGGUGGGUUCAAUUGGAAUCAUGUGCCGAGCAUGCCACAUCCAGACCAUAUAGUACCCAGUCAUCUUAGAAAGUUCUUGAACAAGAGUUGCUCACCUAUUCAACUGGGUACCACGACAGCAUCAAUCCCGGUACCGUCUGAACAAGGUGUGCACGUGCGUAGCAACUGCUGUCGGACAUUCACGGCCAAGAACAACAUGAAGCGCCAUCUUCGACAUCAUACAGGCCAGAGACCUUACAAAUGCACCAGUUGUCUCCAGUCUUUUUUUCGCCGGGACGAUCUUAAAGGACACAUGAUUCGUCAUAAGUACACGAAACCAUUCCGCUGCUCGCGAUGUCAGAAGGGAUACACUGACCGAGCUUACAUCAAGAACCACAUGGCCAAAGAGCACGGGUCUCGUCUGAUGCAUGUUUGCCCUCAGUGCGGCGAGAGCUUUGAUUGUGAGGAGGCUUUCGCCUGCCACAAGAACACACACCCAGAACUGAAACAGUUCGCCUGCACCACUUGCUCUUUCAUCGGCACUAGCAAUUUGAUGGUGCUUAAACACCGCCUUCUCCACACCCACAAGCUGUUUUCAUGCAAGCCAUGUAACGCCUACUUCGCUGACCCAUUCCAUUACACUAGCCACGUAAGGAAACAUAAAAAGAUGGCUUCGUUCACACAGUACGUGUGCUGUUUCUGCGACAUGAUCUUGGGAACAUACGAGCAAUUGGUCAGACACGAGAACUCUCACGCCCAGUGUAAAAUACACGCGUGUUCAAUUUGCAGGAAACAGUUCAGAAGCAAGAUACUUCUACGGGACCAUCUGAUGACUCACCAGCAACCUGCUCAGGUUGUGACAGAACAUGCUCUUCCCAAAACUUUGGAUACGGAAAAGCCACUAUCGGAUAGUGAACAAAAGUACUCUCUUUAUAAAGACGUGAACAUGCAGCAGAAACCUAUUGAUUUUACCAGAAAAAGAAGCGAUUAUCUUGUACAAGAAUCUUCACCACUGGCGGCUCAAAUGGAAAAUGAUGAGUUUUACGGGCAGCUUUUGGAUCUCAGCAUGAAAAAAUCUCCAAGCCUAAAACCUACAAACGACAGCUGCAACAUCAGUUACCAGAACCAGAUCGGAAGCUACAACACUUCUGCAAGGGCAACAGGUACAUCAGUUAACGACGGUUCCAGGAAUGGCACCAGCUCUUCUGAUUCUGCUCGCCUGAGCCGGGAGUGUGGUCUCAGACGGUCAGGAGUUUGCUCCACAUCAAACACUGAAGACUGCGCUGCUUGA